GAUUCAUUGUUUGUCGAAGCGUUCGUAGUUUGUUGAUUUGUGAUUGUGAACGUAGCUCACGGUGUGGGUGCGGCUCUCUUCGUCUUCCUCGUCGAGUCCGUCCAAUCACAUUUCUUGAUGUUUACGCCCAUACAGGAAGCAGGGGACACAUUACAGAGCAGCUGGUCGCUCCUGUUUCUGCUGUGCGAACCCUGCCCCAGUUUGAGACAUGGAGGGUCAAAAUGAAACCAAAGUGGUCCUGCUGGCCUGCGGGUCAUUCAAUCCAAUCACCAACAUGCACCUGAGGAUGUUUGAACUGGCUCGAGACUAUCUGGAAGACACAGGUCAGUACAAGGUGGUGAAAGGCAUCAUAUCUCCAGUUGGUGAUGGCUAUAAGAAGAAAGGAUUGAUUGAGGCUUGCCACCGUCUGGAGAUGACCAGACUGGCCACAGAGAACUCAGACUGGAUCACAGUAGACUCCUGGGAGAGCUUGCAGCCGGAGUGGGUGGAGACAGCUAAAGUUGUUCGUCAUCACUAUAAUGAAGCACUAGCAGCAGAGCAGAACAAUGACCAUGUGGACACGGUCAAGUACGCAAAAAAGAGACGUAUGGUGGAGGAGAGUUAUUUUGAGGAGUCAUCUCAUCACAAAAGGAGAGACAGCCCCCAGCUAAUGUUGCUAUGUGGGGCUGAUGUCCUGGAGUCCUUUGGGAUCCCCAACCUGUGGAAGCAGGAGGAUAUUGCUGAGAUUUUGGGCCACGGUUUGGUUUGCAUCACCCGCAGUGGCAACGACCCCCACAAGUUCAUCCACCAGUCGGACAUGCUGUGGGAGUAUCGCAAGAACAUCCACCUGGUCCACGAAUGGGUGACCAAUGACAUCUCAGCCACUCACGUGCGCCGGGCACUGCGUCGAGGCCGGACCGUCAGGUACCUGCUGCCGGACGGCGUGAUUCGUUACAUACAGGAGCACAGCCUCUACAGUGCUGAGAGCGAGAAGAAAAAUGCAGACGUGGUUCUAGAGCCUCUUCAGAGAAACUUGGGUGCCUCCUCGAGAGGAGGAAAAAGGUCAUCAAAAAUGCCCGACAACCUUUGUUGUACAUGGGACAUGAUCAGCAAUGUCAACCUUGAGGGCUUCAUGGUCGCACUGGGUAUCAGCCCUCAGUUGCGCAAGAUUGCUCUAAAGUUGAAGCAGAGGAAGGUGAUUGAGCAGCAGGGGGACCAGUACAUCAUCAAAACUACCAGCCCCUUCCGAAACUACACCAUCUCCUUUAGAGUGGGUCAGGAGUUUGAGGAGUUUACCAAGGGACUGGACAACAGACGCGUCAAGUCACUGGUGACAUGGGAGGGGAACAAACUGGUGUGUGAACAGAUUGGAGAGAAGAGGGACCGGGGUUGGGCUCACUGGAUUGAAGAUGACAAGCUACAUCUGGAGCUGUACUGUGAAGGACAGGUCUGUAAACAGGUUUUUAAGAAGAAAGAAGUGAAGUGAAGAGCAAUGAACAUU